CCGAAGCAGAGCAGGAGGCUGUAGGUUUCGGAGCGCAUUCCUUUUCCUGACUGGUUAGCGGUACUGCCUCGUCGCCUAUCACCUCCUAAACCCCGGCCCCAAUCACAAAGACGGCUGCUUUCGAGGUGUGCAGUUUCUCAAGAAUAGGGGCGAGAUGAAAAAUAAAAGCGUUCUACAAAUGUUUAUAUAAGAAAUAACCCCUUUCCCUGGACAAUAUUUCCUAAUUUGACAAGACGCGCUUGUAGGAUAAUUGUCGGCUGAGUGGGAAGAACAGAGGUGAACAAAGGCCCCAGGAAGAGAUGUCAUCAUCUCUCUGGUUGGAGGAACCCACACGAUUCUGCCCCAUUAUUGAGAUUGACUCCAGCUCUGAUAUGAGGAAGAAGGCGAGCGUGAGCUCGCAGUGCUGGCUGAAGCAGGAGAAUGACCCGGAAGCAGUUAAGUGGGAAACCAUGACCUCUGGGACAGCCAGCGAUGUGGAGCAGGACAACACUCUGAGCAGCGCAGUGUCCACACUGUCCCCAGCCGAAGGGCUGCCCCCCAGGGUGAUGCUGACCAUCACCAAGCUGCAGUGCCUGCUGGAGAGCAAGCAGGAGCGCAUCAGCUUCCUGGAACGACAGGUGGAGGACCUGCAGCAGGACCGCAAGUUCCUGCGCUCCCAGAUCGAGAACCUCACCAGCCUCCGCUCGGCCGCCCCCACUGCCUCCACAGCCGAAGAUUCGAAACCAGGGAAGCUGCUGUAUUCAGACUCCAAGCCCAGAAAGAGGUCAAAGGUGGAAUCGUCCUGCUCCUCCUUCAGCAGCGACAGUGGUUCGGAGGAGUCCGUCUGCACUCUGACCUCAGUGACCUCCAGCGAUAUAAAGCGAAAGAGACAUCACAGGGAGCGGAGGAGAGGAAAGAAAGCAAAAGACUACAGCCGGAAGAGAGCCACUGGGGUGCAGUACGUCAUCCACCGUUACAAACAGGUACUCUCCGCCUUCAACAAGAAGAAGAGCAUGAGCGGGGCCUUCCGACACUAUGGCAUCGACCGCAACACCAUCGCCAACACAGCCCCCAUCGCUGAACUCUACCUGGCCGCCAAGGAGACCCUUCACCUGGUGGGCCUGUUCCACCCCCGGGAGGAGACAUUGGUCAAGUAUGCGCAGAAGUGCGCCGUGCUCAUCGAGAGUGACGAGAGCCUGUCCAGGAAGAUCGAGCGGAUGAAGGCCACCGGGGAGCUCCUGCCAAUCACGGCCAAGAAGUCUAAAAGCCACUCCCUGCUUGGUGGCCUGCAGGGGGACUCCUGCAGCAAUAUGGAUAAUGUAGGGUGACAAAAUCUCACCUUGUGUUCCUGAUUACCAUCGCUCUGGAGACUUUCCUUUAUUCUAGCUGAGAAUGUUCAGCUGUUUCAUAUGUACAUACAAAAAUACACCUAUGUAUGAAACACUGUGAACUCCCAAUGUAGCCUUGCCAUUUAUAUACCAUCAGUUAAAAUUAUUUAACAGAAAAAAGGUGAGUUUACCACCUGCAGUAUUCAUUAUGUUGUGUGAUUUUGUGAUUUUCAUAAUCAGAUUUUUACACUACGCAAUCUUCUGCAAUCUGUGUCUCGUGGCUCUUCCUUUGUCUUUUUCAGUUAGCCUGAUCUGAGCCACUAGUGUCCUGUGAGACACAAGCACUUCUCAUUCCCUUGUGCCAGAAGUUAUUUUGCUCCUUUGAGGGGUUCAAGCUGUUCAUUUUUGAACAGAAAUGUUCAGGAUAUAGUCUGUGCAGGGCAACACAGUGACUGUCCCUGUACCCUAUCUCAGCGGAUAUCCCCAUCAGAGACAGCACACUGGGAAAUGAUGUCAGCUCCCUGUGAUAUUGCAGUGGAGGCCAGAAAUGAUUAAGCUAUUUUUGGAUAACCUUUAACAAAACAAUGAACACUACUAAGAAAAUAAGUGUAUUUUUACCCAGUUUUAACAAGGUAAAGCAUCUAUGUUAGAUCUUCUCUUAACUUCCAGAGAGUGGAAACAUUACACAAUUACAUUUGUAGUGUUUCUUUUACAGAUAAGUGAAUAAAUAUGAUCAUAAUCAUUUUUCUUUUUUACUUGCAGUUUUUAAAACAAAAAUAUGUCCUGAAUUGGCAUCAUUAAACUUUUAUUUGUCCAAAUAUGCUUGUCAUUAUUCAGGUACUUUUUGUUCCAUGGUAUAAAAGGAUAUUAAUGCAUUUGGAGGUCACAGUGUGUAUGAGUAUGAAUGUGUAUAUUAGGGAUGUGUUUUUUUACUUAGAUUUGCUGAUUGGUCAGUGGGGCCAGUUCUUAUUUGUUAACUGUCAAAAAAUGACUUAUGAUUAUUAACCUUGGGCCCCAUGCCAAGUCAGUUAAUGGUGUUUGAAUAAGCUGUCUGCAUCAAAUCAGACAUUUCAUCUAGACUAAUGUGGACUAAUGGGCUGUUAGCUGUGCUCAUAAAGCAUUCAAAAUAAUAAUAACCAUGCAUUAUGUUAAACCAUCAUUUUUAUUUCUUAUUCAAAGAAGAUGAUCGGGUAUAUUUAAAAAAAAUAAUAAUUUAAUGUCCAGUUCCCACCGUAACUUGGAAUGUCAAAUUAGUUAGUUGCAACUCUUAAACAUGGUGCCAGCCUGCUUCUUCACACACCACAGCACUCAGCUAUGCUCAUGCAGAGUUGAGUCAACGGAAGUUAUGCCAUGUGUGGCUUUGGCAAGCAGUCCCCGGGCGCCCAAUCAACCAGCAGGGGUCGCUAGAGAGCGAUGAAACACAGGCCCUUAACUUAUUGAACCCUCCCUUCCCUGGGUGAUAUAAUGGCCAAUUGGUCAUUGUACCUACUGGCCACAAUCAGCACUAGCACAGUCCAGGUUCAGUCCAAGACCGUGGGCCUCAUCCGGGUUCCAUAACAGCGCCUUAACCGGAUGCGCCGCCCAGCAGCCGCAAUUGAGGUGUAUGAGGCAAUAUUUAAAUUGUCAGAACAUCGGUAAAAAGUCCCUUCAUUGACUCUGGUCUUGUCACAUGUUUUGGCCUGUAAGGAGUUUCAGUGCAGUUUGCUGAUGCUCGGGCGGCCAUGUAAAGUUGCUUUCGGCGGUGCCGCCAUUGCUGGGCUACUCACUCUUGUAGGUGUUUCUUGUAGGUGCUUAUUUUUGAUGUGAUUGAGAUGAUGAUCUGGUGCUAAUGCUACAAUGUAGUAAUGGUACUGUAGCUCUACAUAACAUUUCCUUUAAACAAAGGGAUACACGAUAAUAUCUGAGUGGUAUCGGUAUUAACUGAAAAAACGGCCAAACUAACAUAUUGGUGUCAGCCCAAUGCUAAGAUUAUCGACAUGAUGGUCUAUAUGAUGAUGCAGCAUGCAAGUGUAUUUUGAUAUGUGGCUGAUACUGUAAAUUAAGUGAAAAUGUCAUGCUCACUAAGUAGCCCAAUCAUGGUCAUCUGAAUCAGUUUAAAUUGAUCAUUUUUACCAGCUAAACACACAGGAAAAACUAGUCUCAGUAGCUUGCUACCCAUACACUGCUUAGUAAAGUAAGUGACACCUUUUGCUCUCUGGGUGCAAGAUUUUGUCAAACCAUUCGGUUUUCACUUUUGAGUAGCUUACAGUGAUAUAUGCAUUGCAUCACCACUUAUGUUUUUGUCACAUUGAAUUCUUACAGAUUAAUGUCACCAUUUUUUCUUAUUAUUUUGCAUAUUUUAGUUAAAUGAUACAUACAUACAAACAUAAUAUCCAUAGUUUAUAUUCACUGUUAAAAAUUCUUUUUAUUCCAUCAUUGGAUUACCUUUGCAAUAAGUGUGCAAUGUUCUCUGUAGAAUUUUGCAACUAGUCAAAACUCUUUAAUCCAGAUGGCACUGGGUUAGUUCUUGAACUAGCAGAGAAAGUUGCAUCCUUCUGAUUUAUUUAUUUAUUUAUUUAUUUAUUUAUUUAUGUGUGUAUGUAUGUAUUGGUUGCAGACUGGUCCUUAAAGCAUUGAUUUGCCAAAAAGAAGGAUGAUUUCCAGCCUGGCUGGGGGUGGUAAAAAGAAAAUAAAUAUUUAAAGUUUCACUACAGUGUUGUUAUUCACCAUAGGUAACAUGACACUAGGGAAGGUUGUAAAACGUUGCAGUAAGCUUUUGUACAGGGAUAGUACACGUUUUUUAGACCUACAUAAAGGGUGAAUACAUGAGCUUUCCCUUUGGACCAAGGUGUGGAGGAACUAAAGUGGGUGGGCAAUGGUUUGAUUCCUAGUUUGUGGCUCAGUCUGUUGCUGAAUCGACAAGCACCAAUCUGAAUGGGAACAUAUCAGAAUUGUUUAUUAUGCAUGGAAACAUUACUGUAUAGGGCAUUAUGUUACAAUUCGGAAACUCAGUAAUAAAUACUGUCCGAAACCAAUUUAGUUGCCGUGGAAUAUCCACUAGAGGGUGCUGCAUUCAUAACAUGUGGAUGCUGUUCGCAUUUUUCUAAAGCAAAUAUGGGUUUUUAUUUUUGUAUUUACAAAAUGGUGGACAAGUUUGAGAUUUUCUAGAAACUGAGCUUAUAUUAUAUUUUUAGGUUGUGUCUUUUAAAUAAAUGUGUGUUAUGUGUCAGUGUCAUUUCAUUUUGAUUGCAGAACAUGUUUAACCUUGGCUUAAAAGAGAUACAUGUGCUUUGUUUGUGGUUAGAUCUCACGUGUAUCUGCCAGUGCGGAUAUCAUUUAAAUGCUUUGAAUUUGACUGCUUUAUUUUACAGUGUGUCUGUUUGUAAAGAUGUGCGUGAAGGUCUUAAUUUUUGAAAGUUAAAUUCUGGUUUAUUUUUAAUUCUCUGUUUAAUAUUUGGAUAUAUUCAUUUCAAUUGCUCUGCAGGUUGGACAGUAUAUUUUAAAAUGUGACAACUUUAUAUCCUACUUCCAUGUAAAUAUCUUUAAUCAGGUCAUAGAGGUGUUAAGUAUGAUGUUGUGCAGUUUAAAUAUCUAUAGGAUUAAUGUGAUUUUUAUGGACUCAUGAUGGCAGUAAUGUAGUUCUGCUGUCCAUAUAUGUACUACCAAUGUAAUUGCCUUUUACAGCAGAAGGGACUGUUUUUCUCUAAGAUACCUAUUUUUUCUCUUUUUAUAAUUUUAAUGCACUGCUGUUAAAUUGCUCUGCCUAAUACUGUUUGCUACAACAUCCUGAGUACAUGCAGAAAAGUAUUUAUGUGGAUAUUCUUUUUGUUUUCAUUAAACACAUAUCUGACACGAGUGGUUGAUAUAACCCUCAACCAUUUUGUUGUCGAAUUUUCUUGUUGUGAUAUUGAAUUUGAAAUGUGGCAAAUCCCUGCCGAGAACAUGGGUUAUUUCUUACAUUAAUUGUGUUUAGAGGAAGUAAUGAAUUUGUCUGAUGGUGGAUGUCUUUUGACUGCGCUGUUAAAUGUUUCAGAAUGGGAAAUCAUGUUUCUGCUUCAUGUGUACUUCAUUUUAUUUGUAUGAAAACUGCCUUGUAUGUUUUGCUAAAACAAUUACAUAUUUUAUGUUUUCCCUUUUGUGUGUU